UUGAUGUUGAGAUAUCUCGACAGGGUGCAAUGGUGCUUUCAGGAGUUCAUGAGCAAGGGCUCACAUUUGCAGACAAGUAUUUGAGCCGUCUGAAAGCAAAAAUAAGAAAGAGGAAAACAAGACAGAGAGAUUAUCAAAAACAAAAACAACAUCUGACAAUCAUGGAAGGCAGGAAACAGCCCCCACGCAAGUCCAGGGGACCCAUGGCACACCCGGCCAACAGGCCCACCAACCUCGCCAAGCAGGCCAGCAGAGCACAGAGAGAUGAAAACACCAGAAGAGGCGCAGAGGCCGACGACAACACACCAGCCGGGCCAGACGCCACUGUCCCAAAGAGCAGUCUGUAA